CAAGGCCCAAAUGUCCUGGGUCUUUUGCACUGUAGGUCAUUGAUUCCACCAGCCAUUCCAUUAUAGGUGACCGGAAGAACAAGAGAACAAGAAUCAGGACCACCUUCACCAUGGCACAGCUGCUUCAGCAGAUAUUCCAGGUUACCCACUACCCCGACGUACAGACACGUGACCAGCUGGCUGCAAAAAUCCAGCUCCCAGAGAUCCAAGUGCAGAUAUGGUUUCAAAACCGAAGGGCGAAAUGGAGGAAAUACGAAAAACUGGGCAAUUUCGGAGGGCUCCAGCAUCUCACGUCGGUCUAUAUGGUCCCUGCCCCAAAGUCAGAUUGCAUGGACUUUAGUCUGCAGUCAAGCAAGUUACAUGAUGUGGACCUGUCACAUUUUUAUUACCCCUUCCAAGAGCACCUUUCUUUAGCAUAUGGACCAAGCAUGGCACCUCUAAAUCCAACAUUUCCACUGCCUUUUCCGGUCACUUAUUUAUGAGCCACUGCACAAAACAACGUCAUAGUUAAUGAAGUGAAACAUAAAGAUAUGUGCCAACCUUCCAGUGGCAUUUGGGAGCAAUUAAGAUGAUAAGUGGUGCCACCGACUGCAUGGAUUGUUUUUCUUAAAAGCUUAGAGCAAAGGGCUCAUUCUAUGGUGAGGAAAUUGAUGGAGAAUGCUCAAGGAGCUCCCCAGGGAAAAGCCUUUCAAGGUAUAAUGAAGACAAGCAGGAUCCUAUCUGCCGGAUUUAUUUGGUACGAUUGCAUUGCUGGAAAUGUUUCAAAUUGGAUCACUUCCCGUUAUGAGGUUUUAUGUACGUCAGAUUUGCCGUGGAAAUUAGUGAUGUGCAGGCCUGCCCUAUAUCUGCAGGACCCAUGUGGCUUGGUUGGGUUCAGGCCAACAAACGCACAGUGAGUUCGGGCCGAGCUCUUCUUGCCACCCAUCCUGCUUGCGACCUAAGUAUAAACCGAUUCCGCUCCGCCAGAAGCAGCGGGUUGGAGUCAAGUGCGGGUCGACAAUUUGUUGAUCCGCACAUCACUAGUAGAAAUGUAUAUUCUCAUAUGUAUAUUCUUGUUGAGGUUUCAAACAAAUAAAAUGUAGUAACAAUGA